CUGAUCCUUGUUCCCUUUCUUCCCAGAGGUCCGCUCUCAGAGAAGCCGGACGAAGGCCUGUUCUUUGUAGACCUUGGCAAGGAAGAGAAAGCUGAAAAGCCAAACCGUGCCAAAGAUAAGCCUCUGAGGAUUGACUUGAUCCUGCAGCCGGACUCCAAGGUGCCUCCGCCCAAAGACAUCCUCGCUCACCAGGUCCCCAAUGCCAAGAAGCUCAAGAAGAAGCAACAGCUUUGGGAGAAGCUGUCAGAGAAAGGGCUGAUCCCCCGGAAAGAGCGCCUCCUUCAGGAGAGGCUGCGGAAAGCGCCAGCGGCGAAAGUGAACUCUGAGGAAACAGGAAGAGGCACCAAUCCCUCCAGGGGAUUUUAUGACAUUUGGUCAGACUCAAAUCCACUAGAUCAAGCCCUAGCUGGGAAGGAUACUUGGUUCCUGGAGCAGACCAAAAAGAAGCCAGUCACGCGGCCAGAGAGGUUGAAAAAGAAGCCAUCACAGUUGCCAGCCGUGGAGGUCAUCUCACCAGGAGGGUCUUACAACCCUACUUUCCAGUCUCAUCAGGCAUUGCUCCUACAGGCACAUGAAAUUGAAGUAAAGAGACAGAAGGCAGAAGAAAAACUGGAGCGUCAGCUGAAUUUUCCUACAGCGGCUGAGGCCCCCACCCAAGAGACGGUGUUCCGGGAACAGUGUGAGGGACUCUUGGAGGAAGAAUCCGACAGUGAGGAAGGACAGGAGAACCCGUCAAAGCCCCAAGAGGAGGAACUGCCGGAAGAUGCUACCACUAGGAUGGCAGUGGGAGAAAAGAAAACGGAGCGACAGCGUAAGAAGGAGAAGGAGGCCAAGCGGCUGAAAGCCCGGGAAGUGGGGGAGAAGGCAGCACGGCUUCGGCGGCAAGAGGUCUUCCAGUUGCGGUCCAUCAAGCUGCAGGUGAAGCGGUGGGAGGCUGAGCUGAUGCGCCGGAAACGACUGCGGGAGGCCAAACGGAAGGCAGAAGCCAACAAGCCCAAGCGACUUGGCAGACUGAAAUAUGAAGAUCCUGAUAUGGAUGUGCAACUGAGUACUGAACUUGCAGACUCCUUGAGGAGGUUGAAACCUGAAGGCAGUAUCCUGAAAGAUCGUUUCAAGAGCCUCCAAAAACGUAAUCUCAUAGAGCCCAGAGAGCGUGCAAAAUUCAAAAGGAAAUAUCGCCUUAAAUAUGUUGAAAAACGUGCCUUCCGGGAGAUCACGUUGUAGAGCAUGGAUUGCCCCAGGGAAACUCAUCCUGUCCCCUCAUGUUUCAUUAAAACGCCAUAAACACA